AUGACGGAAGAAGGCGAAUCCAGCCUUGAGGGACCCUCUCCGUCGAGCCGAUACCAACUGUAUCCCGUAGAUAUAGUCUACCACAGUAACCACAAAACCGGAGAAUAUUGCGUCUACGUCUUCGCCAAGCAUGUCGGCGGGGGUAUGGAUUCUCCGGACCGGCGAAGACUCGUCGUAGUCGAAGUGACGGGAUGGAUGCCAUACAUGUUCCUCAAGGUCAAGGACGACGACGUCGAGAAGAUGGAAAGAACAGUUCUCGAGUUUCUUGAACAAGCCCGCGCCAAAGUUAAUUUUCGUGCCAGAUUCUCGCACAAUAUUAACUCCUCGAGUGACCUGAAGUUCAUCGACGGAUACGGCUACCGCCCGGACGACGCAAAGGAAAGAUUCAUGAAAGUGUUCGUCAGUGAUCCAGGUGUGUAUAAAAAGUUUGCAGAGAUCGUACCGUACAAAGUGUACAUGGCGCAGGUGGACCCCGUGUGCCAGUUUAAAAUCGACGUUGGGUUGGCACAUCCCAGCAAGCUCCUCUGCUUGGCGCCCAAAAUUUUGCAAUACGACGGACCAAACGGAAGUCUACGAAUGAGCACGUCGUUUCGAGACCUCGAGGUUAUCGACAACAAAAGUAAGGAGACUCCCGCAUUGAAAGCCAUGAGCAUCCACAUCAAGUGCACUUCUGAGUCUCGUGCGUUUCCCAAGGCCGAAAACAUGGGCGACCAGAUCAUUCAGAUAGCCUCGGUUACCACAUCCGACAUGCUACGCGCCAGACACGACAACGCGCACUUUGAGAAAUGCGUCUUCGUUGUCGGCUCCUGUGACUCCGUAGAGGACGUGGACGUGAGGUGUUACGACAGUGAGACCAGAAUGCUCGAGGAGUUUAGGAAACACGUGGUUUCGACUGAUCCGGACAUCAUCACGGGCUACAAGGUGAGAAGUUUCGAUUGGCCCUACAUUCUGGAUAGGUUCCGUCUCUUUAAGAGGUUUAAUAUAUGGCCCUCGUUUUCACGGCGCCGUGACAGCGGAAACUGGUCUUACUACUCACGCACUGACAAAGAUAUCGUAUGUUCACACGACCGCAUCCUCAUCGACAUGUGUGACGUCAUAAAGACUGAACGAAAGCUUAGAUCGGACAGCUUGCACAGCGUUGUCGCGGAGUUUCUUCCUGAUGAAGCACCGUUGGACGACCUCAAAUGCUCUGAAAUCAAAAAGGUCGACGAGGGCCCAUUAACCACGACAACCAGUAUAGCCCGAUGCGGCGUGACGCGCGCCCUCAUUCCACUGAAACUGAUGAUGAAGUUCAAAACAGCCAUGUCCAUACUAGAGCUAUCCAACAUAACUGGUGUCCCAAUGCGGUACAUAUACGACCGGGGCCAACAAGUGCGCGUCAUGACCCUCAUCGCCAGGGAGGCCUACUCUCGUCAGACGUUAUUCCCGGCAAUGACAGUAGGUGCCACGGAACAACCAGACAGCCUGAAUGACGACGGCAACGACUCUAGUACCGACAGUAGUGAUGGCGAGGAAGAAAACAAAGCACAACCUUCAUCUUCUAGAAAAAGAAAGGCGGAAAGUAGUAAUUCUGGUGACGUUCGCUAUCAAGGAGCCAAGGUGGUCGAACCAAAGAUUGGAUAUUACGACGAUCCUGUCUGCACGCUGGACUUCGCUUCCCUCUAUCCGAGUGUCAUCAUCGCGAUGAACUUGUGCUACUCUACUCUGCGCCUGCAGAACUCAAAACGACAAAGAGUGGAUGCUCAAAAAGAAGGCAAAAAAGACAGAGAAGACGAUGGCGAUUGCUACAAGUACGCCCAAGGCAAGCCUUCCCCUGCGCGCGCGAUGAGUUCGUGCCCGAAAUCGUCAGGAAGGGAAUCUUGCCAACAAUCUUGGAAGGCUUGCUGA